AUGAGGGCCCUCACACUCGUCGCCUUGCUGGCCCUGGCCGCACUCUGCCUCGCUGGCCAGGCAGAGGCAAAGCCCAGCGGUGCAGAGUCUGGCAGAGGCUCAGCCUUCGUGUCCAAGAGGGAGGGCAGUGAGGUGGUGAAGCGAGCCCGGCGCCAACUGACCGACGGGCCGGGAGCUCCAGCUCCUUACCCGGAUCCCCUGGAGCCCAAGAGGGAGGUGUGCGAGCUCAACCCGGACUGCGACGAGCUGGCCGACCAGGUGGGCCUGCAGGAGGCCUACCAGCGCUUCUACGGCCCCGUCUAG